AUGUCAAUGGAAACGACCAAUACCGCCUCUCUCUCAGGGUACCAUUCCUUUCUGAAGUCGAUCAACGCCAGCAAUUUUAAAAUCCCUCUCCAUAACCUGAGAGAGUUGUUUCUCCAUAUUCAGCGCUUCUCUGCUAUGGCCAUCAUCUUUGCCUACCAUCCGGAUAGCCAAACCGAGCUUAGAAUAGCUCAUGGGGCAGCCCAUGAGAGCCGGCAGGAGGUGGUCCAGACGAUAAGGGCCGGUCCAUACUGGAUUCUGCGGCACGUGAAAGCAGAGAGACACAAAUCUGGCCGUCAAGAUUCGCCGGGAUGGCUCACAUGUGUGAUUUCUACCACACGAACAGAAAGACUGGCAAUCUGGUAG